UCUUCCGCAACCACGCAUUGUGGAGUACCGUGCUUUCUACAGAAGCCUGUCGGUGUUACUCAAGGACUGCACGUAAGAACUUUUUUUUUUACGACAAUGUGCAACACCAAGCGUACUUGGACUCCAGUGGAUACGAGCCACAGCUGAAGAUCCGAUGGCAGCAGACCCACUGUUUCCAGAAGGUCUCCCAACCCUGGAGUUGCCUCUGCAGCGCCGAGACACGCUGUCGGACCUCCGGUCCAACGUGCGACGUCAAGGAAUGCAGCUCGCCCUUGUACGUGGCGGCCGUCCUUACUUCGAGGACCUGGUGUCUAGGUCCCUGGACGACCAGGACUGGGAGGUGCGACUCGAAGCCGCUCUAUUUAUUCGGGAAGCGGUUCCUCUUCUCCCACCGGAAGAUCUGGAGUCUUGUGUCGUGCCCGCCUUACCGGGACUGAUACGUAAUCUCGGACAUGAAGUGAUGACGUUACGGCGAGCAUGUUUACACGCGUUGCAAGUCUACCUAAGCCUAACCAAGUCGUCGAGAACAUUCCUAGAACUCUUCGUGAAAGAAGGACUUCGUAAUGACCGUCAUCUGGUGAGAAGAGGAUGCGUCGUGAGUGUCAAGUCUUUGUUUGCAGGAAGUCGUGGAGGGAUUUCAGCCGAGCAUGACACGUUUCCUGUGUUUGAAGCACUCGUAGACCUCUUGUUGUCCGAGUUAUAUUCCUCAUCGUACCCAGUUUUGGCUGCAAUAGAAGCUAUUCGACAGAUAUCGGGAGCUGUCACGUUCUCCGCUUACGUCGAGCGCCUCAACCCGGUGCUGCGUAAAGUGUACCACAAUGUGCUCGAGAACUACAACGGUGGUGCCGCAGCAGCGACACCUGUCGCGAGAAGCGGUGCUUCGAACAGUUGGAACUCAGCGGCUGAUUCUACGGAAGUUUCUAGAAUGUCUUACGAGGUUCACAAGACGACAGGGAGGGAAGCUACACUGCCGACUGAAAGGCUACACUGUGGUAUCAUGGGUUUUCGAACUGCCAAAGGUUUGCGAAACGAAGACUGGCGUGUAAGAGCAGCUAGUGCUGAACACGUGAAGUGUCUUUUAAAAGACACCGAAAACGUGGCGUCCCUACUACCGCAUAUUGACACCUUUGUAGACUUGCUCAUCAAGCUACUGGAUGACUGCCACCCCAAAGUAGUUUCUUUAGCUCUCGAUGUCCUGGGAACCCUCGCCGAACGUCUUGAGCCUCGCAUUGUUCGUACUUGCUUAAGAAUACUCGUGAAUGCCGCCUGUAAACGGCUAGGGGACACUAAGAUCGUCAUACGGGAACAGUGCGCUACAGUCUUACACUGUCUUAUGCGACGAGCAGGACCGUGCCCCGUACUUUCGCUUUUACUCGAUCGCAGAUACCAGGGAAGCAGAAAUCCGAGACUUCGCGAAGAAAUUGUCAACAGGGUAACAGCAGCUGUGCUGACUUUUCCAAGUUCCGAAUUAGAUUUAGGAACAUUAUGUAGGACAUUGUCUCCGUGCCUUGUGGAUCCCAAGCGGCGAGUACGUCUGGCGGCGAUGGAGUGCUUCGCUGCCUUGUCGCAAACGCUCGGACCGAACAGACUUCACCUCGUGGUAGCGGCUGUCGAUAACGCUGAAUUGAACUACGACGGGGGCGAAGGGCUUUGGGCCGCCUUGCAAACCAGGUUGUCCCGUCGGACGUUGCCGAGCUGCUCGCCGAACGGGAUGGUGACGUACGCUUUAUCCCUGCCGCUGUCCGGGGCAGUGGCGAAGAGGUCCGGGUCACCGUCUGGACUGGACGUUGAUUGGGUUGUGGCUGCAUCGGGAUCUACAAGUUCGGCGACUCCUCCUUCAAGCAGGAGAUCCCGUCAAGAACAAACACCCGCAGAAGUCUUGUCUUCCAGAAGGGGAAGUCGUCCUCGCACAGGGUACUUGGUGUCUAUGGCACGCCCCCGGACUCAACGUCAGGGCGCCGUACGACAGUGUUCCAUUCGCAGCAGUCGAAGCAGGGAUUCUCCGGUGCGUGCGAGCCCAGAGGCCAACGGGUGGAAUCAUGGCGGCGGCUGCGGCGACUUCGUCAACGGCAAGAGUGGUUCUCCUGAGUCGUCUGAACUUGCGAGGGUUGAUAGCGAUUUCGCUGACGUUGAACACAACUACGCUAACGGCAAGGAUCCAGUUGUCAUCCGUCGCAGCGCACGACUUCCAAAUGGGACCCGUACGAGUACGACAUCCACAGAAACUACCGUGCUUACCGACCAUUCGGACCCGCCACCAGAAAGCAUACCGAGCACGAAGUCUUCAAGCGGUCGUGAAGAAGACACUCCUACACCGACGAAGUCCCUACGGCGACGGACCUCGCUGAAGUCCAUCAGACGUGCUUCUAAGGAACUGCCAUGGGCCACUUCUUCAACCGAAGACGACGCUUUGGCGAGUGAAGAGGCCGGAGGAGAUCCAGAUAACGACGACGUCGAACUGGACAUAACGGAAGGACUUGCGAAAGAGCCGAUACAUACCAGCCGCAGUGGGUCCCGGCCACCCUUCUUGAGCCCCGAGGCCCUAUUCGGGGGCAAGCCUGUGCUUGCGCGAACCCCACUCGGGCCACAAGCUUGGAGCCCCUCAUCGGAUCCAACAAGUCCGACAACCAUGGGCAAUGGCAGCGUCAUGCGCCGCUCGGCGGAUUCCAAUUCUGUCAUGGUGUCGCCUCGUACGGCAGCGGAAACAUCACCGCGAUUGGUCGGCGUCAGCGAUAAUGUCUGGAAUCAUUCAGUGCUGGCCAAUCUGGAAAACGUGAGUAACUGGAAGAACUCCCAAGUGAGCCCUUCUAGUGGAGGAUGGAGCAAAGGCACUUCGGCACCUCCGGAAGAGAGUCUGGACAGCACUCCGCAGGAGCCUGUCAAUUUUUCAAUCUCGAAAAUAACGAUGGACAAAUUACUGCAACGAAAACAAGAGGUCCUCAGAGAAGUCGAGCAGAAGAGACUGGAAGAACUUGCACAAAAGCAACAACAACAACAACAACUAGAUGAGCACCAAAGCGCGGAGAAGCCAAACACACCAGCGGGAAACUCAAACGACUCUGUUGAUGUUGAAACUACUUUGCCCGCUCAACACGAUGGAGAGGAGGACGUCACAGUCGAGGAGAGCAGCCAAAGUAGAGCCGGAGCUGAAAGUUCAGGUGUUCUGCUGUCUAGGAUUAGACCCAGGUCACGUUCCACUUCCUUGAAGGCUAGAAGAUCCAGGCGGAAAACUGGGACGUUACAAAUAAAACCUGCUACGAGUCAACCCAACCUACAAAACCCAACUCUCAGAACAGCAGAUGUGAUUCGGCAAGCACUGCGAAGUUUUUCCAGCGAUUCCUGGAAAACGAAAGUGGAAGCUAUGCAGACGUUGCAGCAGAAAGCAGCCCAAGACCCUGAUGCGUUUACGCCUCCCUUGCUCAAAGCAACGUUGCGUACGCUGACAGAAGAGGUGCGCAACUUGCGCUCCUCGGUUGCUCGGGCAGCCAUUGGAGUUUUGGGAGACUUCUUUCAACAUUUGCGCAAAAAUAUGGAACCGGAACUAGAAGGUGUCACACAAGCAUUGCUACACAAAUCGGGGGAGAAUGCUGGGUUCAUCAGAGACGACAUUGACCAUGCUCUACGGAUGAUGAUUGAGCAUAUCACACCUGCCAAAGCAUUACUUGCUCUAAUAGAGGGAGGAGCCAGCCAUCGCAAUGGGGCCGUCCGGAGGACCACUGCUCAGUGUGUCCUGGCAUGUGUUGAAAAGCUCGGACCGUCCCGCUGCCUCCAGGGCAACAGGGAGCUGACGGAGAAACUGCUUCCAGCUGCGGCCCUCUUUGUCAUGGAUGCCACGCCUCUUACCAGGUAUUACGGACGCAAGAUAUUCCACCCCCUGCUGGGCCAUUCGGACUUCACACGUCAGUUCGAAAGAUGCGUAGCACUGACAACACGUCGAAAUGUUGCUACAAUAUUGGAAGGGAUACUACGAAAGGGUGUAGGAGAAAUGCCAAAAGAAAGCCUGACUGCUUCGAGAAGAGGUCAUGCUUCCAAAGCGACAGUCUUUCCAUAGGCUGCCUUGUGGCUGCGUGUUUGUAUUCAUGAGGAAGAAAUUGCAGGUAUCGCGCAUCGACCACACGCAGGUGUUGGAAGCAUCAACACGGUUAUGUUACGGGAACAACAUUUGUGGGCUGGGUGCGUCAAGUGGGACACAUCUGCUCAGGAAGGUUUUAUACGGAGCCGCGUUAUGUUUAUGUAAGUUAGCAGUGCUGUUACCCAAGGGCAUAGGUUACUAAUAAAAAUGAUAAAC